AUUUGCCAUGGGGACAACAUGGUCUUGGCUGUCUCCCAUGCAACCGUUGCUGACUUCGGAGAAUCCUCCAGUGGGAACAGAACCCAUGACAGAACACACUAUAGCCUGGCUCGGCUCUCUCAGCUUCGCAGGAUCUAUCAUCGGCGCUUUAUUCUGGGAUAUCGCCGCGGACCGUCUGGGAAGGAAGAUGACAUUGUUUCUCGUAGCAGUGCCGUUUAUCAUCAGCUGGAUAAUGAUCCUUGUAGCACAAAAUGUCACAUGGCUACUCGUAGCGAGGUUGAUUGCCGGUCUCGGUAACAACGGGGCAACAGUUGUUGUACCGUUUUUUAUUUCUGAAAUCUCUCAAGAUGACCUUCGAGGGUUUUUCGGCUCGUUUUUUAUGAUAUUCAGUAGUGCCGGUAUGCUUUUCUCAAACGUUGUUGGUUACUAUCUGAAAUACGAAGGACUCGCAAUCAGUGGUAUGUUGAUUCCAAUUGUGUUCGUUUUAAUAUUCGCCUCAAUUCCAGAAACUCCAGUUUGUCUGUGGCAAAACAAGCGAUAUAACAAAGCAAAACAGACCCUUCUGUGGUAUAGAGGGGGAGAUGUAACAGUAACUGAAACGGAGUUAUUGAAAUAUAGUGCGUUUACACAGACAUCUCAAAGUAAACGCCCACCUCUUAAAGCAUUAAUUGCGACUAAGGGGAAUACUAAGGCACUUUUAAUAGCAAGUGCAUCGUAUAUGGCCUUCCAAGCCAGUGGAAUUUUACCAAUUGCGGCAUAUUCUGUUAGUAUUUUUGAAAUCUGUGGGACCUCUAUAAAUGCUUUUCAAUCUGCUAUUAUAAUUGCUUCCGUUCAGUUGGUGUUUGGGUGUGUUGGCUCUCCAUUAGUUGAUAGACUGGGCAGAAAGGUUUUAUUGGGUGGAACUCUUUUGGUUAGUAGUGCUUGCCUGGCUAUCCUAGGGGGCUACUUAUAUUUUGUCGCCGACCGGUCCGUCAACCCUGUCUUGGAAUGGAUUCCAAUUCUAUCCUUAUCUAUUCACGUCAUAGCGUUUGCUGUAGGGAUUGGUCCAGUUCCUUUUGUUAUAACAUCUGAGAUAUUCCCUCUAGAAAUAAAAGGACUCGCUUUGGCAAAAUUGCAAUUUUUGAACUGUAUGUUCACUUUUGGGUUUGUGAAAGUAUUCCCUGACAUGAUACGAUAUCUGGGACCUUAUGGUUGUUUCUGGGUUUUUAGUACGUUAUGCGUCCUCACAUCUGCGUUCUUUAUUCUUUAUUUUCCAGAGACAAAAGGAAAAUCUCAAGAUGAAAUACUAAGAUUACUGAAUGGAUGUGACAAAGAAAACGAAACAGAAAAACUAUAUGCAGGUUACAUUCCAAUAAAAUUGGCGAGUACAGAACGUAAUAAUCUCUAAUAUAUGUUGGAUUGAGUACUAAAUUGUUAAUGUAAAGACAGUUUGUGUAUUAAACUACUGC